GAGCCCAGACGCUUAUUUAACAGGCAUCCAUUUAUUGAUUUUACUCAGUAGUUUGAUAAAUAGAAAAAUAUGAGAUGUUAAUUUAUUUGAAAAUUCAAAUGAUCUAACGAUAUCACGAUGAGGUGGAAAGCGAAGAUAAUUUUGUGUUUUUUAUUCGUGAGUGCCACCGAAAUCUAUGACAUCAAGAUUCCGAUUCCUUCUGCACAAGGAAGUCUUCCCAUCACACACAACUACACGCUACAAUUACUAGAGUUGUGUUUUUCUGAUCGACUCAAUCCUGUGGUGAUCGAUUCAAAUUUUAUUGAUAUCGUGCAUGGAAUUACAAGUAAUAACGAACAAAAUGUCUCUGUUAUCCUAAUAGAUCAAAAUUAUUCAGAUAUCACGGAUGAAGAUCAAAAAAUUGAAUUCGUUGUAUAUCCAUGUUAUCCGACGUUUAUUUUCUCAGCUGAAACGGUCUCUAGAGAAACAAGUUUUUUACUCAAUUUACGAAGUCAUUUAGAAAAGAUAAAUUAUUGGAGUGCCGAGUCGUCUUUUUUUCUUAUUAUCGGAAACAAAUGCGGAGAUGCAUUACAAAAUCUGAUGACUUUAAUGGUUUAUAAAGCUAUCAAGACAUACUAUAUAUGCCUCAAUGACAUCGACAACAGUACGAGUAUCUACACUCUGAAUCCUUACGCUGACAGGGCACCGAAACCAUGGCAGAAAGUUGAAGGACCAAAAGAACCGUAUUCUGGAUCAACGCUUUUUAACAUGUCGUUCAUUAACGAUACAAACAUUUGUUCGAGUAUAACUUUUGACAAAACCAAGUUUCUUGACGGUCACAAACUUUACGUAGAGGAUGAUUUAACCGGUCAAAAAAGUAAUUUCCACCAAAAAAAUUUAAAUUUCUAUGAGGAUUUACUGUCGGAAAUGAACGUCACACAAGUGAAUUCUAGUUUUUUCCGAAAAAACGGUGACUCGAUGUAUAUUUCGAACUCUUAUGAACUAAUCGACAACAUGAUGGAAGUUAGUAAUAUUCUUCCAUAUUUUGCUCAAGAAGGCUUCAUUAUAGUAACACAGAAACAAAGCUUCAUACCCACCUUCGAACAAGUAAUUGACAGUUUCUUUAGUCGGGAUAGAAUAGUAAUGUCGUGCGUUAUUUUGACAUUUUUUUUUUUAAUGAUGCUUCUGAACCACAAAUACGAUUUUAAUGCGGCAGUAUUAGAUCUUUUGUCAUUUCUUCUCGACAUGGGAAUAUCGACUCCAAUGCUUACGGUGUCGAUGCGCAUAACGUUCAUGACCGCAGCUUUAUUCGCAUUGAUAUUCAACCCGGUGUUCCAGGGACAACUCACUUCUUUUUUGUCUAGACCAGGACAUGGAAAUGUCGAGACGCUUCAAGACUUACGUGAUAACAAUUAUCACGUUUAUUUCACAAGUAUGUCAGUCUCUGACGAAUUGUAUGAUCGUAAAAUAUGGGAUAAAAAUUCUUAUACAAAGUAUUUGCAUCGUUUGUUUUUCAACUCCCAUAAAGUCUGUGUGGAUAAAGUAAAGAAAAAUUCUUCCAUUGCAUGUGUAUUAGACGCUACGGAAUUUGAACACGUUGAUCCAAAUACACACAUUUCGAAUAUAUUUUCUUAUAAAUACCGUGUGUUUGUGACUGAAAAAGGUCAUCCACUAAAUAGAAAAAUAAAUAAGAUAGCGUUGAAGUUGUUUGAAACCGGUCAUUUAAGUCAUGCUGAGAGACGCGAUCUUCAUAGGAUUUUGUUGGCACGUAAAAGAAAACUAGAUAAAAUCAAGGCAUUACGAAAGUAUAAUCAAUUGGAACUGGAAGACUUUAGAUUAGCUUACAUUGCGGUAGUACUUGCUUUCGCAUGGGCAAUCCUCGUUUUUGGUAUUGAAGUAACGUUCAGAAAAUUAGAAGCGCGUUUAGAUAAACGGUCGAAAGAACGGGAGAUGAGGAAAUUAAUAAUUAGACGGCGAAUCGUGUCUACUGCUAAUAGAAUUAAUAAUCUCACUCAAUAAUUGUAAUCCUCGCUAAAAUACCACGUGAGUAGUUUUGAUACCGCCUAUCCAUUCACCGAUUGACGUGCCGUGUUUCUAAAGUGAAGAGUGAAUUCACUUAGUAUAUAUAUUUUUUUUCUAAUUCAGGAUUUCGUAAUUCUAUAAAUAUUGUAAUCUUUUAAGUGAUAGCUAAUGAAAUUUCAUAUUAUUAUUUAUUCUUGACAAUAAAAGUGAUCAAAUAUCGUGAGCUCGCGAUUUGAUCAUAACAUAUUUGUUUUAAAUAUUUCGUUUGGUAGAUUUUCUCGUUUAUGAGAAAAAUCCAAAAGUCGUGAACAAAAAUACUUAUAUUACUUGAUGCACAUUCAUAAUCAAUGUGAUUGCCUAUACUUCUUAAAUAGAUUUGAAACUACCUUAUAAUUAUA